GACGUUGGGAGCAUUCCUCCCCAAAUUUCCCGCUGUCAUUUUAUCAGCAAGCUAACCGAGCUAGCUGUGCUAGCGGUGCUUUUGCUGCUUCCACUUUGCGUUGGUCGAAGUGUGAACAAAGACUAGUGUUGGUCGACCAACGUGUGUGAGUGUUUCCUGUCCGGGACAGGGCGGGGUGGUGUUUCGGUUCCGUUUUAAAAACAAAAUGGAUUCCAGGCGAGAUGUGGAGCCAGCAGGCUCUUGUUUGGUACCGGAGACGACAACGAGAAGGUUUGCCGCUGUGGAGUAACGUUGAACAAUGAGGACGUUAUUUCAAGUAUGCUGCCUCUUGCUGCUUACCGGACAAGCGGACCGGGCGUCGGCCGCCGGAAACCAAACCGUCGACGGGAGCAGGCUGGCGGGCAGCCGGUACCGGUACAUCAUCAUCGGGGACGGUUCCUCGCAGGAGUUCGAGUUUCCUGAAAACACCAACGGCGUGAUUGUGGUGUCCAGCCUGUACCGGAGCCCGGAGGCCGGCGGGAGGGACCGUCAGACUGUGAAGGUGCGCUCCUUAGACCCGGAGGUCCUCGCCAUCCUCAACGUGACGGACGGCGGCCACGCAGGGCCCGCCAAGAGCUACGUCAUCGGCAUCCGCUCGGGUUUCCCCGGCCAGGCUCAGCUUCAGAUUCAGCUCCUGGACGUGGACCGGGAUUCCGCGGCCGUGGUGAUCGAGGAGAGGACGGAUUACUCCAUCGUCGUGGCACCCGGGAGCGACGACGGCGCACGAUCCAUCCAGUCGGGCGGCCUCGCCCAUUUCUCAGAGAACCCGGUUCUGUUUGCCUUGUUGCCCCUCAUCUUCAUUAACAAGUGUGCCUUUGGUUGCAAGGUGGAGGUGGAGGUGCUGAAGGUUUUGCUGAAGAGCCCGGUUCCUCUGCUCCUGGGGGUGCUGGCUCAGUUCCUGGUCAUGCCCUUGUAUGCCUACUGCGUGUCCCGGCUGGCCGUCCUGCCCAAAGCGCUCUCCUUGGGCCUGGUCAUCACCUGCUCCGCCCCCGGGGGCGGCGGGGGGUACCUGUACAGCCUUCUGCUCGGGGGAGACGUGACGCUGGCCAUCUCCAUGACGCUGGUCUCCACGGUGGUGGCGGCUGCUGCCAUGCCGCUGUCGUCGGCGCUGUACGGCCGCUUGCUGGGGGUGCACGCCGCCCUGCACGUGCCCUUUGUGAAGAUCCUGGUCACCCUGCUCUUCAUCGCCAUCCCCAUAUCUCUGGGCAUGAUGGUGAAGCUGCGCCUGCCCGCCCUCACGCGGGUCCUGCUUGGACUCAUCAGGCCCUUCAGCUUCGUGCUCAUCGUGGGCGGCAUCUUCAUGGCUUACCGGAUGGGCGCGUCCAUCCUGGCCCACGUCAGGCCCCAGAUCGUGGCGGCGGGGCUGACUGUGCCUUUUCUGGGCCUGGCGGUCGGGGCGGUCCUGGCUAAGUGGGCGGGCCUGACCCCCGCGCAGAGGAAGACUGUGAGCAUCGAGGUGGGCGUCCAGAACAGCCUGCUGGCGCUCGCCGUCAUGCAGCUGUCCUUUCGCCGCGUGGAGGCGGACUUUGCGUCCCAGGCGCCUUUCAUCGUGGCCCUCAGCAGCACCUCUGAGAUGCUCCUUGUGGUGCUGGCAUACCACGCCCGCCGCUGGCUGGCCCGCGGAAGCGACACCUGAUGGUCGCUUUUAUUUUGAAAAACAAACCUGUGGAAAAAGCUGCUUUUCACCGAUAUCAGCUUGUGGCGGCAGACUUUUUAUGGAUCCUCCUUUUUGUACGUUUUCACAAAAACCAAAGGCCUUUUACCUUCUCAGACCCUCUGCUCAUUCCGGCCGACAGUGGCACCCCUUUAUGUCCACAGCCAGUUGAUGUUGAUAACCUGUUUGUGUCGCCAAUUUAUGUUGGGAAAAACCCGCUCGGGUCGACAACCCAUUUAUGUCAACAACCACUAAAGUCAAACACUCCUAUGUAAUCACCUGCUUAAGUCAAAGACCUGUUUAUGUUGACAGCCCAUUGAUGUUGAAAAAUGCUUGAGUUGACAACUGCUUAAGUCGCCAAUCUGUGUAUGUCGACAACCCGUUUAUGUUGACAGCCACAACUCGUUUAAGUUGUCAUCUGCUUAAGUUGGCAACCUGUUUAUGUCGACAGGCUGUUGAUGUUGAAAACUGGCUUGAGUUGACAGCCUGUUUGUGUCGACAACCCAUUUAGGUUGAAAACGCACUUGAGUCGACAGCCCGCUUAAGUGGACCAAGUUCACUGUGUUGUUGUUGUUGUUGUUGUUGAUAAAAAGUUCCCGCUUAAGUUGGCGUGGAGGGCUUUUGUCGACAAACGGGGUUGUGCGCGUUUGGAUUAAAAGGUUUAUGUUGCCGUGUGUUGUUCAGCGUCACUAAGCGGCAACAUCACUGCUGACUUCCUGUUCAGUGCAAAGUAAAAAGACAAAUGAGCGCAUGUAUGAAAGCUUGAUGGUGAUUGGAUGAAGACGGGAAAGGAGCGCAGCAGCAAGCUAGCUAGCUGCAUGUAGCUAGCUAGCUAGCUAGCUGAACUGUGAAAUGGAGGAAAAACAUUUCUUCCCACUUCUGACAUGUGUGGACAAACGUAUACGUAAAUGUGGAAGCCAUGGCUACUUUUGCUUAUGUCAAGGUGAGUAGGCCUGUGGGGGGGGGGACACGUGAAUAUAGUGAAUAUAAACAUGUUCCACUGUGUCGACUUUGAAGAAAGAGAUGAUCGCUUGAGCGCCGUAUCUAUUUUUCUAGCCAAAGGUGGCUUUGUGUGUUUACCAUGUGUGGUGUUUUCUAACUCUUUGCUACUGAUUGUCUUUCUCAACGCUAACGUCUGUCCGCAUACUUGAAUGUUGCACAGGAAAAAUCAUUAAAAGAAACCUUGGCAAAGCAGGA